AUGGGCCCCUUCAUGUCCUUCCUCACUCUGGAGGAUCUUCUGACGUUUGGAUCUGCAGAGGUUCUCCAGGUGUUCACAGUGAACCCUCUGAACAUGGUCUUCUUCAACCACUCUACUUUUCCUCUGAACCUCACCAACUACUACACUGAGCUCGUUUAUCUACAGGAAAGCAACUUCAACCCCUUACUACUUCCUCUGGCGUGUCGGUGUGUCGCUCCUGGUCCAGCAUUCAGCCAGCUGACAUCAGCAGAAAGUAUGACAGUUCUGUUAAACCUGAACUCAGUCUGCACAGACCUGGACCCACAGAUUUCUGCAGCUUUGGCAGGUAACCUUGGUGACAACAUCGAUGCCACGGCCAUUUCUGCCCUCGGCAACGAAAGCACCGGAAUUUCCAUCGGUCAGAUCAAGAAGAUAAAUCCUCAGGACCUACUUUCUGCCCUCAGCACUCUCAGCAGUGUGAUGGGCUGGACGGACGGUCAGGCCAAGAGCAUCAUCCAGACUCUGAUGUCUUCGGGGUUGAUGAAGAUCAACAGCAUGUCGUCGUUGUUCAUGCUGGGCUCUCUCGUUGUGGGUAUACCCGUGAAAACGUUCACCAGCAUCAGCGGCUCCCAGCUGCUCACUGCAUCCAAAAAUCCUUCAUUUCUGCAACACAUGAUGUCCGCUUCCCAGAUCGUCCAGUACACUUUUGUUACUCAGAUCAUAUCAGUGAGCACCAACAGUGAGAUGAUCAUACAGAAUAUUCCAGAUGAAAUGGCCACCGAGAUCCCUCGAGCUCAGCUGCUGGGCCUCUCAAAUACCGGCAGCGUUAUCAGCAGACUCAACAAGAAGAAAUGGAAACAGCAGCAGGUGGAGUUGUUCUUUGAGGUAAUAGCUGUGGAAUCUGCAACCGCAACGCUGGGAAGUCCAAACAAUUUGUCGUCCUCUGUGCUACAAGGGUUCACGUGCACCAGUGUGAGGAGUGUUAAAACGGUGCAGAUCAAGAAGCUGGUCAAAGCCUGUCGGAGGAGACGGCAGAACAAGGUCACGCUGGUGGAGACUCAGCUCACCUGCAUGUACAACCACAUUAAAGGAGACUCAGAUGCCACCAGCUUCCACCUCUAUCCUCCUGAUGUGCUGCUGUACUAUGAUUACUCCCUGGUGCCACAGGCCGACUGCAGGUCCUAUUUUGAACAGCUGGCAGACGCAGACUUCACCGUCUUCUCCUCCGACCUCAGCUACAAACGGACCGCUCUGUUUGUUAAUGCGAGGAGCUGCCUGGGUAUAACAACCACGAGUCUGACGGAGGAUAAUAUAUCGGUGAUGGGAAACAUGUGCUGCGAUCUGGACGGUUCCUACAUCGAGAACUCUGACCCGUCCAUCUUGGAAAAACUCAAGAACUGUCCGGACCUCACCAAGGCGCAGGCGGCUGCUGUUGAAGCCUUACUGGAGAGCGGGAGAACACGAUAUGGAGCUCCAUCAACGUGGAAUAAAGAGACUCUGAAGGACCUCGAGAUGUUACCGCUGUAUUUGCCUUCAACUUUCUACGAUAACUUUAAUAAAAGAACAAAGCGAAGGUUCUUGCGGUACUUCCUGAGAAUUCUUAGGAGAAACAGAGUGAGCAGACAGAAGAAGAGGCGUCUGAAGAGAGCAAUAAGAAGUUCCAUUAGAAAUAAGUCGAAGCGAUCUAUCGUAACUGAGUGCACCGUAGGACAGAUCACCCAGGUGACCAUCAGCGAUGAGGCGUUUCCCUUCGACUAUGACGACACAGCUCAGUUCAACUGCUGCCUCAGCGCCUCCAUCGUUCAAGACAACUUGGAAGCCAUCACUGAGAAGGUGGACGAUGAGGAAUACCUCCGGAUUGUUCUCAGCAAGUUGCGAGAGGCUUACUCUGCCAUCUCCACUAUCCCAGAAGACCAGGUUCAGCUCCUAGGUCCAGCGUCCCGCGUGGCCACAAUGGACGACAUCAACAUAUGGAGUAUCACUCAGAUCGACACUCUAUCCGCUUUGAUGGACUCGUCGAACGGGGAGUGGAACUCGAGCCUGACUAAGGCCGUCAUCUCUAAGUAUCUGAGUAACGAAGGGAACAGUCUGGGCAGUUCUGAGCUCAACACCAUCGGAGGAGCCAACCUGUGCGUCCUGGACGUCGACGUUCUGAAGAACAUUUCCUCACAAAGCCUCAAAGAGGCCGACGCCCUGACGGUGUCCACCUGCACCACGGAGAAAAAGAAAGCACUGUUCACCAUCGCCAGAGAAGCGUUUGCCACAAACACCCGCUCAGCUGUCGCUGUUGCCACCUACCAGCUCACACAACCUUUCCUCGCGGGCGCAGAUUUAGCCUAUGUCAAAGGUUUGACGACCUCGGGCAUCAACAUGGACCUGGCUACCUUCACCAGUCUGGAUGAGAACGUUAUACUGAAUCUGAGUGUUAAUGAGGUUGGAGGUCUGCUUGGCACCAAUUUGCCAGAUUUAAAGUCCUAUGAAAACCAAAUGGUGGUCCAGAACUGGGUCAGCAGGCAGUUCCAGUCAGACCUUAACACGCUGGGAGUGGGGCUUGUUGGAGGCAGGGCUGGUUCUACAACCAUCCCCAACUCUAUGACCACCACCGGCUCUCCAACCACCCCCAACUCUAUGACCACCACCGGCUCUCUAACCACUCCCAACUCUAUGACCACCACUGGAUCUCCAACCACCCCCAACUCUAUGACCACCACCGGCUCUCCAACCACCCCCAACUCUAUGACCACCACUGGCACCGGCUCUCCAACCACUCCCAACACUAUGACCACCACCGGCUCUCCAACCACCCCCAACCCUUUGACCACCACCAGCUCUCCUACCACCAGCGCCUCAUCAACAAACACAAACACCACAGGCUAA